AUGCGUUGGACGCUUCUGCAGCUUUAUUCUUGUCUUUCCCUUGGCUUACUAUGCGAAGCACAGCGGUACAAUCUGCUUUCACGCCAGUUUGCUCCAUAUGUGAACGCUAUAUCGUCUUUGCUUGGCGGUAACGGGUUUAUCCCUGCAUCUUACGGCGCCAUCCAAGGAUUUCUUGGUCGUGACCAGGAAUUCGACUUUGUGGUCGUGGGCGGCGGCACUGCCGGGAAUGCUGUAGGCUAUCGCUUAGCAGAAGCAGGCUUCAGCGUCGCACUUAUCGAAGCCGGAACCUUUUUCGAGUUUUCCAAGCCGGGUUUCUCCACCAUCCCCGGCCUUGACGUCCUCUUUGUUGGUUCAGACAGUUCCGAAGCUCUGUCUCCAGCCGACUGGAAGUUUCAGACGACACCUCAGCAAGGCGCAAAUGAUCGCAAGUUUCAUGUUGCUCAAGGGAAAUGCGUUGGUGGCUCAUCGGCCUGGAACUUUAUGAUUCACCAUAGAGGCCCCAAGGGCAUGUAUGACCAAUGGGCCGAGGCCGUGGGAGACGACAGCUACAAGCUCAGCAGUUUCGAAGCAUACUACAAAAAGUCUGUGACUUUUACCCCGGCCAGCUCCUCAAAACGCCCUGCGGGCACCUGGUCCCAGUCUUCCGCAUCGGACUUUGCUGCUCCAGGACAAGGCGGCCCCGUUCAAGUCAGCUACACAAACUUUGUCUCCGACUGGUCUAAAUGGAUGCAAAAAGGAUUACAAGCUGUCGGACUAAAAGAAACCGAUGGAUUUGAUCGCGGUAACUUGCUGGGAUACCAUUACACCGAAACGACUAUACGACAGUCCGACGCAACCCGCAGCUCAUCUGCUGAAUACGUUUACGCUGCAGAUAAGAAGAAAUUGAGCAAUCUUAAACUCUUCACCAACACCCAAGCGGCAAAGAUCAACUUUGAUAGCAGCAAAAAGGCAACAAGUGUCAAGGUGCUCUCAGCAAUCGGCUCCGAGUACACCAUCAAAGCAAAAAGAGAGAUUGUUGUUAGCUCUGGAGCCUAUAGCUCACCGCACCUUCUUAUGCUUUCGGGGAUCGGGCCUGAAGAGACUCUAAACAAGUACGGAAUUCCCAUUGUUGCGCCGCUACCUGGAGUUGGCCAGAACAUGUGGGAUCAUAUCUUCUUUGGGCCAUCUCACGCUGUCAAGUUCAAGACCAUUGACUCUAUUUUGCACAACCUCGUUGAUCUGGCAAGUGCAGUUACCAAGUAUCUGGUUGGUAAAACAGGUAUUCUGAGCUCUAACGGAAUUGAGAUGGUUGGGUGGGAAAAGCUGCCCGAGCAGCUGAGAGAAGGAUUCUCCGACCAGACUAAGCAAGAACUCGGUCGGUAUUCUGACGACUGGCCAGAGGUUGAAUACCUCGGUGGCAAUGGGCAUAUUGGGGAAUUUGGGUCAUUACUCAAACAGCCAACCGACGGGCGCCAAUACGCUACGCUUUUGGGCGCCCUCGUUGCGCCGCUUUCGAGGGGCAACAUAACCAUUUCAUCCAUGUCUAUCCGCGAUCACCCCGUGAUCAACCCCAACUGGCUGACUGACAAGGGCGAUCAAGAGGUUGCGGUAGCUCUCAUGAAGCGCAUGCGACAAGUGUGGGCAACACCCGAUUUGGUAUCCAUUUCAGAUGGUCCCGAGUUUUAUCCAGGCGAGCAAGUCAAGACGGACGAGGAGCUUCUAGAAAAUGUCCGCCAGUCAUUAAUGACUGUAUGGCACCCGGCUUGCACAUGCAAAAUGGGCAAGAAGGAGGAUUCUAUGGCCGUGAUUGACAAUUUGGCACGUGUAUAUGGCGUUCACGGCCUGCGCGUUGUGGAUGCGAGCUCUUUUCCCAUUCUGCCCCCAGGACAUCCUAUGGCAACGAUUUACGCACUGGCAGAGAAGAUUGCUGAGGACAUUAUCCGCACCGCCAAGCAGUGA